CGGCCGAGCCCCGACGAACAGAGCCGAGUCCCUCGAACCGAGUCUCGCCAAGCCCCGACGAGGCCAGCCUCGCCUGGCUCCGACGAACCCAUCCGAACCGAGCCAUGGCAGGCUCCGAAGGCGGCCGGUCGCAGCGGUUCUUCACCUGGGAGGAGAUCGAGCAGCGCAAUGGGCGGGGGUCGGCUGGCCAGGAGCGGUGGCUGGUGAUCGAGAGGAAGGUGUACGAUAUCAGCCAGUUCCACCGGAGGCACCCGGGAGGCUCCCGGGUCAUCAGCCACUACGCCGGGCAGGACGCCACGGAUCCUUUCACAGCAUUUCAUCUUGACAAGACACUGGUGAGAAAGUACCUGAGCCCACUCUUGAUUGGAGAGCUGGCACCAGAUCAACCCAGCUUUGAGCCCAGCAAGAAUAAAAAGCUGGUAGAAGAUUUCCGUGAGCUCCGUGGCACUGUGGAGAGGAUGGGGCUUCUCAACCCCAACCCUGCCUUUUUCAUCCUGUACCUCUGUCACAUCUUGAUGUUGGAUGUUGCAGCCUGGCUCACCAUCUGGUAUUUUGGAGCAUCCACAGUGCCUUUCCUCUUCUCUGCAGUGCUGCUAGGCACUGUCCAGGCCCAGGCUGGCUGGCUUCAGCAUGAUUUUGGACAUCUCUCAGUCUUUAGCACAUCGAAAUGGAACCACUGGGUCCACAAGUUUGUGAUUGGCCAUCUGAAGGGAGCACCAGCCAGCUGGUGGAAUCAUCUCCACUUCCAACACCACGCUAAACCCAACUGCUUCCGCAAGGACCCUGACGUGAACAUGCACCCCUUGUUUUUUGCUCUGGGAAAAACACUCUCUGUAGAGCUUGGUGUGCAAAAGAAGAAGUUCAUGCCUUAUAACCACCAGCACAAGUACUUCUUCAUCAUUGGCCCCCCAGCUCUGGUGCCUCUUUACUUCCAGUGGUACAUAUUCUACUUCGUGGUGCAGCGGAAGCAGUGGGUGGACCUGGCCUGGAUGUUGUCCUUCUACAUCAGAUUCUCUCUCACCUACUGGCCCUUGCUGGGGUUGAAGGGUUUGCUGGGGCUGAUCAUAUUAGUCAGGUUUAUAGAGAGUAACUGGUUUGUCUGGGUUACACAAAUGAACCACAUCCCGAUGCACAUCGAUUAUGAUAAGAAUGUGGACUGGUUCUCUACCCAGCUCCAGGCAACCUGUAACGUUCACCAGUCUUUCUUCAAUGACUGGUUCAGUGGACAUCUGAACUUCCAAAUUGAGCACCACCUUUUUCCUACAAUGCCUCGACACAACUACUGGAAGGUGGCCCCUUUGGUGAAGUCCUUGUGUGCCAAACAUGGUGUUGAGUACCAGUGCAAGCCGCUGCUCACUGCCUUUGCCGACAUAGUGCACUCUUUGAAGGAUUCAGGGGAGCUCUGGCUCGAUGCCUAUCUACACAAAUAAGCAGCAGUGGAUCCUUGCAGAGGAAGUCCCCACCCUUGUUGCCUCCUGGGGUGGUCGCCAUGAAGAUACUGCACAGAGGGGCGAGAGGUGGCUAAGCCAGAGGUGGGGAGGUGGUGCUGCUUAAUUCCAUUGAUGAAUGUAAUUAAUAUGAUUUUUUUUUUUUAAAAAAAAAAGGUGUGUUCUUAAUUCUUUUUGUGUUUCUUUCAUUCCUCUUCUCUGGUGCUGAGUUCUGAGGAAAAAAGGUGAAUGGAAGAGGUUACGUUCCACCAAGCUAGGAGCAGCUUUGGGACUGGGAGCAGGUUUCUUCCUGUCUGCUGGUGCUUCAUUUGCUGGAGACAUAGGAGAGAAGUCUCUUAUCUAACACAGGCUUUGUGAGGUGGCCCUCAGGAGUGUAGCAAGAAAGAUAAGGCAGCAUGAGCUGAAAGAAGACAGGAGUGAUUAAAAUGUGGAAGCAAUAAGGAAUUGUGUGGGCACAGUAUUUUCAAGUACCUAUAUGUGCAGGGCCUGUUGUGACAGGACAAGAA